AUGGAGAGGAGCGCCAAGUCCGCUGGCAACGGGAAAUCCCCCGGCAACGGGAAGUCCCCGAGCAAUGGGAAAUCCCCCGGCAACGGGAAAUCCCCGAGCAAUGGGAAAUCCCCCGGCAACGGGAAAUCCCCUGGCAACGUGAAAUCACCCGGCAACGGGAAAUCCCCGGGCAACGGGAAAUCCCCGGGCAACACCAAAGUGGCAGCAGCGGGGAGACCCCCGGCCGUGGAAAAGGGCCUGGGCAAGGCCCAGCUGCUGUUCCAAUUCUGUCCCGGCUCCCCUGGGCCCUGGCAACUGUCAACGCCCUCCCGCCAGGAUGUGGGGCAGCCCCCUACAGAGGAGCCCUGGGGGGCUGGCGAGUCCCUGGAUUACACCCCACCCUCUGAUGGUGCCAACUGGGAGGAGCUGAGGGGGCUGGAGGUGACUCCCACCUCUCUCUCGGAGCCCUGGGCUGAGGAGGCUCCCAGCCCAGCCCCUGUCGCGCCGGGGGAGGCCGAGGAGUACGUGACGGGGGAGGACACAGCACUGCCGGGGCAGGAGUACGAGUACGUCUAUAAGGACUUUCCCGAGGGAGCCGAGCCAUCGGAGCUGGGGCCCGUGCUCUCUGCAGAGACCCCCCAGAACGGAGGCGCUGUGCGUGGCGUCAGAGGCUACAAAGGGGAGAAGGGAGAGCCGGCCGUCAUGGAACCGGGAAUGCUGGUGGAGGGCCCCCCUGGCCCCGAAGGACCUGCGGGCAUAACAGGGCCGCCGGGAACACAGGGCCCCCCAGGCCCCUCAGGAGAUCCUGGUGAGAGGGGUCCCCCUGGCCGUUCAGGUCUCCCGGGCUCGGAUGGGAUGCCCGGCCCCCCGGGCUCAUCUCUCAUGCUCCCGUUCCGCUUUGGGAGCAGCGGUGGUGAGAAGGGGCCGGUGGCAUCAGCACAAGAGGCACAGGCCCAGGCCAUUUUGCAGCAAGCCCGGAUGGCCCUGCGUGGCCCCCCGGGACCCAUGGGCUACACCGGCCGGCCUGGGCCCCUGGGGCAGCCAGGGAGCCCCGGGCUGAAGGGAGAAGCCGGAGACUUUGGACCCCAGGUAACGGGCUUGGAGACCAGCACGGCCCCGACUCUGAGCCCGGCUCCUGUCCCCACACCCCAGCCCCUGAGCCUGACUCCAGGUGAGACGGGCUCCCAGGGCAUCCCAGGCCCCCACGGAGAGGAUGGUGAGGGGGGAGACGAUGGAGAGAUUGGACCCAGAGGGCUCCCCGGAGAACCGGGCCCCAGAGGUUUGCUUGGACCCAAAGGCCCCCCGGGGAUACCCGGACCUCUGGGCGUGCGUGGCAUAGACGGCCCCAUCGGCCCCAAGGGGAACCUGGGGCCGCAAGGUGAGCCAGGCCCCCCCGGGCAGCAGGGAACCCCAGGCACCCAGGGAUUGUCUGGCCCACAAGGUGCUAUGGGCCCCCCUGGAGAGAAGGGUCCCGGAGGCAAACCUGGCCUCCCCGGCAUGCCCGGCUCCGACGGGCCUCCUGGACACCCAGGGAAGGAAGGUCCGCCAGGAACCAGAGGGAACCAGCGACUCUCCCCUGCUACUGGGCUGAUCUCUUUCCGCUACCCAGGCCCACGUGGUGUAAAGGGCGUGGAUGGAAUUCGGGGGCUGAAGGGUCACAAGGGUGAGAAGGGCGAGGACGGAUUCACGGGGUUCAAGGGCGACAUGGGGGUGAAAGGAGACAGGGGCGAGGAGGGCGUGCCAGGGUCCAGAGGAGAGGAUGGACCGGAAGGUCCCAAGGGCCGGACCGGACCCACAGGUGACCCGGGCCCCCUCGGGCUGCUGGGAGAGAAGGGGAAGCUGGGUGUGCCGGGGCUUCCUGGGUAUCCAGGACGGCAAGGCUCAAAGGGAUCUCAGGGCUUCCCGGGCUUUCCCGGAGCCAAUGGCGAGAAGGGAUCUCGGGGUGUAUCCGGGAAGCUGGGCCCCCGGGGCGAGCGCGGCGGGGGGAAAGGGGGGGAUUGGGGGUAG